AUGCCGGACGAGCACAGACCACCAGCCACAGGGACGCCGCCCACGCCAACGGAAGCAUGCCCUGCCGCCCACGCGGCCAGAGGCAUAGCAGCAACACCACCUCGCUCCCGGAGCCGCCGCUCCGGCUUCCACGCGCAACAGGCCGACCCCUCGCGUCAACCUGUCGCCGUCCCGAGACGCUGGGAUCAGCGCCCCGCCCGCCCGAGCCGCGCCGCCGCGCCGCCAUCCUUGCACUGUGGCUCACCUCUGCCACAGGCCUGCAGGACUGGCAAGGGCCGCCGCACCCCAGCCAGCCUGCCACACACGGUGGCCCUCCGCAGCCGCCCCGAACUCCGACCUCCACGCGACCGCCACGCCAAGGAGGAGCUGGGCCGACACAUUCCCGUCGCCACCGCGUCCCGGGGCCGCUGCCCGGGCAUCCUCUUCUCCGGCCAGCCGUCGGCGCCGAAGAUGCGGACCGGCCUCCCCUCGCCGGCUGCCCGUUGUCGGGGCACGGCCCCGACACCACCAACGCCAUCCAGGCGUCCCAGGGCCGCCGCCCGGCCUCCUUGA